CUGUUUUUUCUUCGUUAGUCCCUUCGGCUUAAAGGAUUCAAAUGGUUUUACUUUGCCAUAAUUUAAGAAUUCACAUCUUCACCUAGUAAUGGAAUGGUUUUGAAGCUACAGAUGCUCAGGCUUAAAAAAAGGAUUUGAAUUGGCUGGAUGUUUUUUGAUUUGGCUGGCAAUACCCUCCUAGUAAAAAGAAAUGAAAAAGAAGGUAUCAUAUAUUUCUUAUAAUAAUUAUACAGGAGGGCAUCGGCAAGUCCUUGGCAGACUUUGGGACAUGUUGAUACUGCAAUAUAUGGUGCAACAAGUAGUAGACUUACACGCAGCGAGAUCCUUGAACGAUAACAAGAAUAUGAGGAUUCUGUUCUGGGAAGAGAUAAUGUCCAAGAUGUGGGAAGAUUGGAAAUGGUCUGUGGAAGCGCAAAGCCGCCUGACUCUGCUUGCAGCAUUGCACAGUAUGAAAAUUGUUACGAGCCUUCUUACUUCUGCCUUCAGGAGAGUUAGGGCUGGAUAGUUUGGCCUACAAGUAAACUACAAACCUCUGCUACUUUAAGCAGAUCAGUUUCUUUAGCUUUUAUCAUUUUAGGGAAUGCACUCCAUUUAUUAAUUCAAAGAAGCUUCCCGAUUGGAAUCCUUAAAGUCUUAUUAAACUUUUUCUUAGCGGGCUGACACAAUGAAAUCCUGAUUCAGUCUUGGAUUCACCUAUCGCAAGGGUGUCAUCUGGUCGUGAAGAUCUUUUUGCUAAUGUACAUGAUUUACUGCCACCCCCAUAUGAUGCAAGAGAACAGGAAGCAUUGUAUGCUUAGAUUUGGCAUGCCUUAGGUUCCAACUGAUAUAAUCCCGAAUGACAAAUUUUUUGAAAACGGCCUAAUUGGUCCCAUUCCAUUUUAUAUGCUUUGUACAUCAACGGUUAAUUCAAAACAUUUUGCUGUCACUCUAUGGUGAUUAGAACCACUUGGACAUUUCUAGUCACCUGUAAAUCUGUGUGUUUCUUCACUUCCCCCACGUAGUCAGUUUUCUAUAGCCAUGCGGCAAAGUUUUGGUAGCCCUUGUGUUUGUAAAAGUUGGACUUACUGAAUUGUAGCAAUAUAUUUCAUGAAUAUAUUGUUGAGAAAGAAAAAGACAUUUCAUUUCAUUUGUUUUGUUAUACAUGAUAUGUGCUGGUUUGUCCAUGAUCCUGUUUUUCUGGCCUGCCUUUAUCUAGCAGCAAGGGAUAAGAAUUCAAAGUGAGGGAAGAAGAAUAAAUGAAGAGAAGGAAUGAAUUAUCUGGAGAGAAAUGCAGGAGUUCUCGUAAUUGCUGGUCCCCAUUUUCUGAAAAUGUGAACCACCUAGGAGAGUUCAUGGCCACCACAGUUUUCCACCUUGAUAAUACGAAUGAUGUGGCACUCAAAUAUUGGCCCAAAAUUUUCUUUCGAUAAGGUCUCCGAUUCGGAUGCUCCACCAACGACUUCAUUUCUUCUCCUUCACGUUCCUAAACUAAGAAUUUAACUAACUAGAAACCUAAACCCCUCAGAGUCAGAAACUCUUUGACGCCCGCCAAGUACCUGCAGAAAAAUGGCUUCCAUCACAACGACAGCAUCAUUACUCAGCAGCACCACCAGCCUCACAAAAGUUUCUCCCACAAUUGCCCACCGUAGACUUGUGGUUGCCAAUGUUGCCAAAGGAGCCCAAGUGGAGAGUGUUAAGUUGAGUGGUGAUAGCAAAAGAGAGUGCAAUAAUGGCAGGAGGGAGUUGAUGUCUGCAGUUGCAGCUGCUGCCGUUUGGUCAGUUGCUGGAGUUGCAGCGGCGGGGGAGCCAAAACCUGGCACCCCAGAGGCCAAGAAGGUGUAUGCUCCUGUUUGUGUCACCAUGCCAACUGCCAAGAUCUGUCACAAGUGAGGCACUGCUGUAGUUUGGCUAUGGCGAGUGCUAAAUGAUUUAAUUUGCCAGUACUUGUAAUCUUUAAUUAUAUAUCUCGGAGGAACCCACUUCAAUUUAGUGCGUUAUUUUGUCUGAUGAUCACAAUG